GUGCCAACAUGACUCUGGAAUUGCUGAUCUUCUUGGUGGUUCUUCUUACCAUGGUUUAUGGCCUCCUGCAUAGAAAUUACUCUUAUUGGCAGCGUCUUGGAGUGCCUGAGAUCAAGCCCAAUUGGUUAGUGGGUAACCUGAUGGCACUGUUCAAGCAGAAGAGUUUCUCGGAGUUCAUAUACCAGCUUUAUAAUCAUCCAGACGCGGAAAACGAACCCUUUGUGGGCAUAUACGUAUUCCAUAAGCCUGCCCUGUUUCUCAAAGAUCCAGAACUGCUAAAGAAUGUCCUUGUCAGGGAUUUUGGAAAAUUUCGCGAUCGUUACGCAAACGCCGAUGAAAUACGAGAUCCUUUGGGCUCUCAAAACAUCUUCUUCCUGAAGAACCCCGCUUGGAGGGAGGUGCGAAUGAAGCUAACGCCGUUUUUCACUGGCAACAAGCUGAAGAACAUGUUUCCGCUGAUCGAGGAGGUGGGAGCUAGCUUAGGUGCCCAUCUCCACCAGCAGCCGCUACAAGACGAGCACGGCUUUGACCUGGAGGUCAAGGAGUUGUGUGCCCUCUUUACCACGGAUGUGAUUUCCACCGUGGCUUUCGGAGUGCGGGCGAACAGUUUCAAGGAUCCGAAUGGAGAGUUCCGCCGGCAUGGACGUUCUAUAUUCCAGUUUAGUCUUCUACGGCAGGUGGGGUUCACCUUAAUCAUGUUCCUGCCACACUUGGUUUCCUACUUCAGAUUCAAAGUGAUUCCCGCCGUGGACGCUCGAUUCUUUCGUAAUACUUUCAACUACGUGUUGGAGGAGCGCGAGAGAUCUGGCCAGACGCGCAACGAUCUCAUCGAUAUCUUAAUCGAAUUUCGAAGGAGCACGCAGCAGGCGAAAGCUUCGGGUAACAAGAAUCAGCUUGUGUUCGAAGGCGAUAUCUUGGUGGCCCAGGCAGGGUUUUUCUUCACAGCCGGCUUCGAAUCCUCGUCUACCACAAUGGCCUUGGCCAUGUACGAGUUGGCUAGGGAUGCGGAUGUCCAGCAGCGAUUGCGAGACGAAAUCAAGGAGGCUCUGGAGGAAAGCAAUGGCCAGGUGACGUUCCAAAUGAUCGAGUCGCUGGAGUACCUGCAGAUGAUCCUCUACGAGGUGCUGCGCAUUUAUCCGCCGCUAGCAUUCAUGGAUCGCGAAUGCAACUCCGACGAGGCCUACCCACUGGCUCCCUUCAGCAAGAUGCGGGUUCCCAAGGGAAUGCCCGUCUACAUUCCCUGCUAUGCCCUGCAUUUGGAUCCCAAGUUUUUUGCUCAGCCAAUGAAAUUCCAGCCGGAACGAUUCUCUGCUGAAAACCGAAAGAGCCACACUCCCUACUCCUACAUGCCCUUUGGGGUGGGUCCGCGUGGAUGCAUCGGCGAACGCUUAGCAUAUCUCCAGGCGAAAGUGGGUCUGGUAAACGUAUUCCGCAACCACCGGAUAACCACAUCGGAACACACACCGGAUCGCCUACAACUGGACAACAAAUCGAUUUUAUUGCAGGUCAAGGGAGGCAUUCCCCUGCGCUUGAUCCGAGAUCCAUUGGGUGUCUAACCCGGUUGGGGGUUAAGAUCUUUGAUUUUUCAAUUAGUAGUUGUAUUUACUCCCCUUUCACACACUCUCAUUGGCCAUCGUCGGCAACUGACAGAGCCAACUGGUGCCGGCUAAUCCCAUCGAGACACUCAUAAAUAGCCCGGCUUGACACUAAUCAGACUCCGGAGUUUUGUUUUGCUCAGUUUGCUUGUUUACCCGAGCACUUAGCCGGAGACGGAGGAUCCCCAGUCCAGAUUCAUGUAUAAAUAGCGAUCGACAGACGGCGCUAAAUGCAAACUCUGGCGCACAAACAGCAUCUUUACUUCUCAGCCUCAUCCUCAGAUAAGGGAGAAAAAUCACAAUGUUUAUUUUUGGAUAGGCGCUGCACUUCACUUUAUGAUUUGCCAAGCAAACAAUUUUCAGAUUCAGUAAUCUUCAAAGAAGCGAUAAGGUUAAGGAAGUGUUUAGGAAAAGAUCUUAACAGAUUUAUAUUCCAAUUUUUGUUUAA